AUGAAAACCAUUGUCGCAGUUCUUCUUUUCGUGGCUUUCACUUACGGCCAAAAGAUAGAAUUCUCUUCACCGGAAGUUGCUGAUAGAGUCAUCGCUGGAAGAGCCGAAUGUGCAAAGAUCGAGACAGUUGAUCCUAAGCAUUUGAUGCGUCUUGGUACUUACGAAGAUUUUCCAACCUUCGAAGACCUCAAAUGCUACACCAUGUGCAUACUAAACAAGUUCCAAGUAUUCGACGACGAUCAUACUAUUAAAACCGAUGUGCUUAAACCGAUAUUCAAAGCCGCUGUUCUGGAGAAGUUCAUUGCAAAUUUGGACAAGUGCCUUCCUGAGGACAAGAAGUUCGAAACCUGUGAGAAAGUCUACAAUCUUCAUCGCUGCAUUCUGAAACACCUUUAA